CAGGGGGGUUUUGGAGAUUUUUGUGGGUCUUAAGUCGCCACCUAGUGGUCAACAUAACACACGACACCCGCUUCACUAAAAAGAACCAGAAACGAAAGUGAAGUGUCAUUGAUGUUAAUGUCGCGAGGAAACCUGGUUCGAGUUCCUUUGCCGGUUUUUGUAAGGAACUGAAACAGAACCCGACCUUCACUUUUUUUCCACGGACGUUGACAGUUUUUUUUUGUUAGGAAGAACCAGCAGGAGCGACAUGGCAGGAAACUCUGAAAUCGACGAGGGAUUUUACUCCCGUCAGCUGUAUGUUCUGGGUCACGAGGCCAUGCGCCGGAUGGGAGCUGCCAACGUGCUGAUCGCCGGCCUGAAGGGUCUGGGAGUGGAGAUAGCCAAAAAUGUCAUCCUGUCCGGAGUCAAGGCGGUCACGGUGCAGGAUGAAGGCUCGGCUGUGUGGUCCGACCUGUCAUCGCAGUUUUACUUGGGGGAGUGCCAUUUGGGACAGAACCGGGCCUCAUGUUCCCUCCAGCAGCUGUCCUCGCUGAACCCUCACGUUGAAGUGUCAGCACACACCGGCCCUCUGGACGAAGAGCUGCUUCUACGCUUUCAGAUCGUGGUUCUCACUGAUUCCUCGCUGGAUGAUCAGAAGCGUUUCGGCCAGCUCUGCCAUUCUCAUGGAAUCAAGUUGAUAGUGGCCGACACCAAAGGGCUCUGUGGACAGCUGUUCUGUGACUUUGGGGAGAAGUUUGAAGUCUUGGAGCGGGAUGGAGAGAUGCCUGCAUCACUGAUGAUAGAGCGGAUCACUAAGGAAAAUCCUGGACGUGUCAUCUGGACAGAUGACCAGAAACAUGGACUCUCAGAUGGCUCUAAAGUCGUCUUCUCUGACGUUCAAGGCAUGACGGAGCUCAAUAGUAUCGGCCCCGUGGAGAUCAAAGUCUGCGAUGAGUACUCCUUUAGCAUCUGUGACACCUCAUCAUUCUCGGAGUAUGAACGCGGCGGAGUGGUGACGGAGGUCAAACAGCCCUUCCAGCUAGACUUUAAACCGCUGAGUGAAGCUCUGCACGAUCGUGAGCUCCUGAUACUGAACGACUAUGGGAAAAUCUCACGCCAUAACACUCUGCACCUGGCCUUCCAAGCCCUGCAUGACUUCGUGAAGAACAAGCAGCGACUCCCUUACUCCUGGUGUCAGACAGAUGCUGACUCUCUGCUUGAAAUGGUGAGAGAGCUGAAUACUGUGGCAGAAGUGGAGCAGCUGGAUGAGGCUGCAGUGCGGCUCCUGUCCUGCACGGCACGGGGGGAUUUGGCUCCUAUCAAUGCUUUCUUUGGAGGCCUGGCUGCACAGGAAGUCAUCAAGGCUUGCAGCAGGAAGUUCACUCCUCUAAAGCAGUGGAUGUAUUUUGAUGCUCUGGAGUGUCUACCUGAGGACAAAGAUCGACUGGCGGAGUGUUCUGUUACAUCGACAGACACGCGGUACGAUGGACAGACUGCUGUCUUUGGCGCGUCGUUCCAGAAGAGGCUUGGGAACCAGAAGUACUUUCUGGUUGGGGCUGGUGCGAUCGGCUGUGAGCUGUUGAAAAACUUCGCUCUGAUUGGGCUGGGUGCAGGUGAAGAGGGACACAUCACUGUUACAGACAUGGACUACAUAGAAAGAUCCAACUUAAACCGCCAGUUCCUGUUCAGGUCUCCUGAUAUUGGGAAAGCUAAGUCGGAGGUUGCAGCCAAAGCGGUGUGUCAGAUGAACCCACAGAUGAAAAUCACCUCUCAUCAAAACCGUGUGGACGCUGCCAGUGAGGCCUUGUACGACUACAGCUUCUUCAAGGGCCUGGACGGUGUGGCUGCAGCCCUCGAUAAUGUGGAAGCCCGGGUCUAUCUGGACAGCCGCUGUGUUCUUCACCAAAAGCCGAUGCUGGAGGGAGGAACUCUAGGAAGUAAGGGCCACACUCUGGUGGUGGUGCCCCACCUGACAGAGCCUUAUGGACCAGCCAAAUCCAGUUCUAGCAACGCCAUCCCACUGUGCACCCUCAAGAACUUCCCACAUCGAAUCGAACACACACUGCAGUGGGCAAGGGACCAGUUUGAAGGCCUGUUUAAACAAACGCCUGAAAAUGUGAAUUGCUUCCUGAGAGACCCAGGGUUUGUGGAGCGGACGCUGAGCCACGGAGACGUUGAGGCCACUGAGACACUUGAAGCGGUCUGGAGGGGUUUGCAGGAUAUGGAAGCUGGAGGACAGCGUCCGAAAAGCUGGGAGGACUGUGUCAGCUGGGCGCGCUGCAAAUGGGAGACCCUCUAUAACAAUGAUAUACGCCAGCUUCUUCACUGUUUUCCUCCUGAUGAGGUGACCUCUAACGGUCUCCCCUUUUGGUCUGGAUCCAAGAGAUGCCCCCACCCGCUGACGUUUGACCCCAAAAACAGCACUCACGUAGGAUACGUGAUGGCAGCAGCUAACCUCUACGGCCAAACCUACGGGAUCAAAGGAACUAGAGACAACGGCUCCAUCGAACAAAUCCUGGAGAAAGUCCAAACACCGCCUUUCAAUCCAAAAUCGUCUGUGAAAAUUCAUCUUACUGACCAGGAAAUGGAGGAGGAGAGAAAAAAGGAGAGUGGUGAUGCUGAAAAAGCCCAGCUGGAGGAGCUAAAAGGAAAGUUGUCAUCUCUGAAAAACUCUGCUCAGAUGCACCCCAUCGACUUUGAGAAGGAUGACGACACCAACUUCCACAUGGACUUCAUUGUUGCCGCUUCAAACCUGAGAGCAGAGAACUACGACAUCCCUGCAGCGGAUCGCCACCAGAGUAAACGCAUCGCUGGGAGGAUCAUCCCCGCCAUCGCCACCACCACGGCGGCUGUGGCAGGCUUGAUGUGCCUGGAGCUGUUCAAACUGGUCCAGGGCCACAAGAAGAUCGAGUCGUACCGCACAAGUUACCUGAACCUGGCCGUGCAGUACUUCGUUCUGUCCCAGCCAAGCCGCCCUCCGGACUUCCAAGUCGCAGGAAAGAAAUACACCCUUUGGGAUGACUUCCUGGUUGAAGGCAGAUGCCACAAUCAGCAGGAAAUAACCUUGGAAGAUAUGCUGCAGAAUAUUAAGGAAAAGUCUGGCUUGACAGUCAGUGCUCUGUACUAUGGCCCUGCUGUCUUGUACAUGGGACAGGAAGAGAGGCUAAAGAAGAGCGUUUCUGACGUGGUGAAGAUGGUAACGAAAGCAGACAUCCCUCCUCAUCAGAAGGUGCUGGAGCUGAUCCCGUCGUUCGAGGAAGACGAGGAUUGUGAGACGGUUCCGCCCAUCCGGUACCUGCUCCUGUGACCCAGUGAAGGCCAAAACAAAUAAAUACCAACAAAUGAGCUGGUUUGGAACUCCAGACAGAUGUCUGACAUGGACCUUUCUAUUUAAAGCUUACACACUUAGUGCUUCAGCAGGAAGGAAAAGUGAAUACGUUUAAAGCUUCAUUUUUAUGCUUCAUGAUGUGCCGUUCUUCUCACACCACAUGUUGUCUUAUUUUGAACAUGUUUUCCUGGAUUUCUGUAGCUUAAGCUGGUCAGACUGGAAUCAGACAGCUGUUCAGACUCUAGAAGCUGGAGUCAUCUGGAGGCUUUUCGUCUGUCCUCAGAUGACCUUAGUGCGCCGCUCCUCCACCCAGCAGCAGUCUCACUCCACACUCACAUCAACAUGCUGACCUUUGGGACCUUCUGGGCUCUCCAGGCUGAUAGUUUGGCUUCGGCUUUCUGAAUAAUAUCUCCCAUAAAUGAACUUUAUGCCGUUACCGGUUCAUUUGGAGUUAAAGUAUAAUUUGAAAAAAUGUAUUUGUAAUGGAAGGAAAUGUCUUCAUGUGCUUCACUACAAUAAAAUCGGAUUUUCUCUCCGGUC